CAGACACAUGUACUUGCAAGCAUGCACGCGUCGCUUGGAAUGAUACAUUGAAUAAGGUGUUCCCGCUGCUGAGCAUUGUUUCGAUUUGCACAAGACAAGCCUAUUACAAAGUAGUCGGUAUUUCCGCAACAUGGCCGAAGUCGGGAGCGUGGUUUUACCUGGUGACCAAGUGAGACUUAUGAUAAAUACAGAAGAUUCUACCAGGUUUGUGACAGGACCAGGGCUUCGAAGAGAUUCUGAUCAGGUUACAGUAUCUAAAGCUGGGAUCUUAAAACACAAAGAGCCCAAUAUAUAUUGGGUUGACAGUCGUCAAAAGCGGUACAUUCCAACCAAGGGAGAAAAUGUCAUUGGUAUUGUAACUAUGAAAGCAGGUGAUGUAUUCAGAGUGGACAUUGGAGGAAGUGAACAAGCAUCGUUGUCAUACCUAUCAUUUGAAGGUGCCACAAAAAGAAACCGACCAGACGUGAAAAUAGGUGACUUGGUGUUUGGCAGGUUGCUGGUGUCCAACAAGGACAUGGAGCCAGAACUGGUGUGUAUUAGCAGUAAUGGCAGGAGUAAUGGCAUGGGAGUGAUCAGAGAUGGUGGUUUCAUGUUCACAGUCCCCCUCAACUUAAUUAGGAAGUUGUUGUCAUCAGACUGCAAUCUCCUAAAAACACUGGGACAUCACCUACCAUUUGAAGUUGCCAUAGGAAUGAAUGGUCGGGUUUGGGUGAAAGGACGCUCAGUGCGUGAGACAAUAGCUAUUAGCAAUGCAAUUUCCAGUGCUGAAUUUAUGGACAACAUGCAAAUCAAAAUGAUGUGUAAUAAACUGGUUGAUGCACUGACUGGAUUUACUUGACAGAAGGAAAAAAAACUUUUAUAUAUUUUACACAUCACUAUGUCGUAUACUCAUAUGGAAAGGUUCCAGCACAAAAAUUCCAGGACUGCAGUACAAUUUUAAUAUCACAAUACUUCUUUAUGAAUCACUUAUUUCUGACAGGAAUGAUAUAGUAAUGUCUUAAAAUACAUAACAAGCAAGAGUACAGCUGUGUUCAUUCCCUGUAAUACAUACAAACUACUACUUCCAGUUUCUCUUAUAAUUUGAGUAAAAUAAAAAAAAAAAAAAAAAAAAAAAGCUUACAGUUAUCACUCAGUCAGUCAAUAAAAGGCUUUA